CUGGAGAGCGCCACGUCGGAUGUGAACGAAGCAAGCAGGGAGGGCUGGGCGGCAGCCGAGCGAAAGGAACCCGAAGCUCCGCGCGUGGAAGCUGGGGCUGGCCUUGGGCGCGCAAGGAGGGCAUCGUCCGCCCCUGCGCUGAUUCGAGAGGAUCGCCUUGGGAGGGGAGAGAUUUGCACCGGGAAAGAAACGAUCUCAGUGUAAACCGGUCCGGGUUCAAUUCGGGGUCUGCUGCCCGCCAGCCAUGCGGGUCCUCCCCGGACUCUUGGGUCCCUUGGCGCUGAUGCUGGCGCUGGAGGCCGGCAGCUGCCACGGGCUGUCUUUCCACUUGCCACCGCAGAGCCGCAAGUGCCUUAAAGAGGAGCUCCACCGGGACGUGAUGGUCACCGGAGAAUACGAAGUCUCGGAAGCUGCUGCUCCCGGGGUCAGGACAGAUCUCCGGGUCACCGACUCCUCUGGACACACACUGUACUCCAAGGACGAUGCCAAAAAAGGGAAAUUUGCCUUCACUACUGACAACUAUGAAAUCUAUGAAAUCUGCUUUGAGAGCCAUGGACAGCCAGGGAAUUUCCGGAUUCCAGAUCAACUGGUCUCCCUUAAUAUAAAGCAUGGUGUGGAGGCACGGAAUUAUGAUGAUAUUGCUAAGGCAGAAAAACUAAAGCCCUUAGAGGUGGACUUGCGUCGGCUUGAAGACCUCUCGGAAUCCAUCGUGAAAGAUUUUGCCUUCAUGAAGCAACGUGAGGAGGAGAUGCGAGACACCAAUGAAUCCACCAGUGCUCGUGUCUUCUGCUUCAGCAUCUUCUCCAUGUUAUGUCUUGUGGGUCUGGCCACCUGGCAGGUCUUCUAUCUCCGGCGUUUCUUCAAAGCCAAGAAACUCAUCGAGUGAAUGAGCUCCGGUCCGGGGUAGGGGGGGUGCAAAGAGCAGAUACCCCCAUGCUCCCCACUGGGUUUCUUGCUGGCCUGUGAGCCACAUCUCAUCAAAGUUCUUCCACCCACCAAUUUCGAUCAGCUCCUGAGCCGACGGGGGUUUUUUUUCUCCAGGAUUUUUCCCAGCUAGGACUUUUAAUGGGACAUUGUGGCCCUUGGACUGGAUCUCUGCCAGCUGGGAAGGAAGUCUUGUCAUCAAAAAGGCAUAGAUUCUGGAUGCCAGACUUGAAAAGAAUUGGCCCCCCCUUUUCUGGUGUGGACUGUGCCGUUCUUUUUUCCCAUGGGGAUGAGGGAUCUCUGAUUAGAAUGUAAUUUAAGUCCUGAUUGGCGAAUGCUGAAAGGAAAUUUUGAAAAUAAUAAAUUUUGGUUCCUAGA